AUGCCCCUGUAUGCAAAGUUCUUGAAAGAACUUAUCAACAAGAAAAGGAGUUGGCAAGAGAAGGAAACUAUACUUCUCACGGAAGAAUGCAGUGCUGUGAUUCAAGGAGGUAUCCCACAAAAGCUCAAAGAUCUAGGGAGCUUUGUAGUUUCGUGUACCAAAGGCAAAUUGACCCUAAACAAAUCUCUCUGUGACCUUGGUGCUAGCAUCAAUUUGAUGUCGUUAUCAAUGAUGAAAAAGCUUGCCAUAGAAGAACUCAAACCCACCAGGAUGUCUUUGGUGAUGGCUGACAGAUCAAUCAAAACACCCAAUGGCAUUGUGGAAAACAUGUUAGUAAAGGUUGGGAAGUUUAUCUUCCCUACAGACUUUGUAAUUCUGGAUACAGAGGAGGAAGGAAACAAUUCAAUUAUCUCGAGGAGACCAUUCUUAGCCACAGCCAGAGCCAUUAUUGAUGUAGAGAACGGAGAGAUGAUUUUUAGGGUGCAUAAUGAACAAAUGGUCAAAAAUGUCUUCAAAUCAAUGCAACACUCCCCUGAACAAGAAAACUACAUGAAGGUGGAUAUGAUAGAAAGUCUGGUGGAGAAAAUGUUAGAAGCCACUUGUCCUGAGCAACAGGAAGAAGAAGUAGUAGAAAUUUCCAGUGAAGACAAGGAGAAAGAGAAGCCAAAAUAG